AUGGUCCUACGGUGGAACCUCUUACUGGGAAUCUCCAAGGGCUUGAUCCUCCCUCAAGCUCAAUCCUCACGAACGGAUGGCCCCUCUAUACUCCACCUUUUACCCUCUCCCUGUUUCAGGAGAAGAUAUGGCGUUUCACAAGUUUUGAUACUCAAUCACUCUCAACGAGCGGUGCUAAUGGCAGAUUACACAGUUCGUCACGCAAUCAACGGCGUCAAUCAGAAGCCAACUUCGUCCGUUAUCACCUUGCAUCGCGUUCCUGUUUCUCCAACCUCCCCAUUAUCUCCAACUUCCCUCAUUAUUGGCAUCAACAAAUAUGCAUCUGACGAGUUUCAAGAUCUCAAAGCAGCCGUCGGGGAUGCGAAUUCAUUUGAACGAUUCCUGGUAGAGCGGCUAAACGUCCCCAAGUCGCACAUUAUCAGCCUACGCGAUGAGCAGGCCACACGUGCCAAGAUCAUCGACGGAUUUGCUGCUCUGCGGGACAUCGCUGCUGGCCAGCCCCGCGACGUUCCUCUGAUCAUUUACUACGCAGGUCAUGGCGCUCGAGUUGAGAAACCUUUGGAGUGGGAAGACUGGUCUGCGAGCGAAGAUCAAAUCGAGAUGAUCUGCCCACAUGACAUUGGGGUCCCGGCAACGGAUAAGGAUGGCGUCGAGGGAGUGAUACAAGGCAUUCCUGAUCGGACUAUCUCAGUGUUGCUUAACCAUCUGUCUGAUAUCCGGGGCGAUAAUAUCCCCCCUUUGGUUUGCUCAGUAUCCAUCUCAAAGACCCUCAUUCUCGAUUGCUGCAGCUCAGCGGGGAUCAACCGUGGCGAGGCCGAUUACGUCGCCCGUCAGAUCCUGAAUCCUCCCCCUUUGUCCGCGAACUGCGAUAAAGGCAUUUGGUCUCGCGAGACUGGUAGCCGGGGCGUUGGCGUUGCGGAAGGGUUCUCUGGAAAGUUCCGUGCCUCCCAUGUUUUCCUUGCCGCUUGUGGACGUGACCAGUCUGCUUGGGAGGAUCCAAAAUCGGGCCACGGCCUUUUCACACAAAGUCUGCUCAAGUUGUUGGAGAAGAGAGACGUUGAGAAUCUGACAUAUACUUCGUUGAUGCACAACUUGAAGAUGCCAAUUUGGUUUGUAUCCCCCGUCUUCAAACAAACUUGUCUCUCAACUGACGACGGCAAAUUGAACAGGCAAACACCGCACUGCGAAGGUCAACACGUUAACAGGCGACUGUUCAAUAGCAGGGCAUUGGGGGCAGACGCUUCUUUCAUCUUGACCAAAGCUGAGAAAGACGGCACUAUUACCCUGCAAGCUGGUGCCGCGCAAGGUUUAACCGUCGGUUGCAAGUUCUCCGCUCAUGCGAACAACCUCAUUGAAGAUGCGACACACACAAACCCGUCUCUGGGCACCCUGAUCGCUCGUUCCGUCGACGCCUUUACCACAGAUCUCGCCUUACCUGAAGGGGCUUCGAGCUUCAAGCAUCCCCGGUUAUUCUACUCCCGGCUUACAGAGCAGGUGUCUGAUUCGAAGAUUACCGUGUACGGCGAGGACAAGGCUUGGGUCGAAUCCAUCUUCUUGCCGGAGUAUAGGCAAACUCUCAAUCUUUCGAUCACGGACAAGGCUGCUGAUGCAGAUAUCGUGCUAUCUGUCGUGGACAAAAAAGUGUCCGUUGAUCGUAACGACAAAUGGGUAAACACGCACAUUGGCUCCCGUCUCGCUGGUUCCGUCGAUGUUGAUGACUUUCACUCCAUCCGAGAGGUUGUCCGAUGCUCGCGGCACUUCUAUUACCAUCUUACUAGGCAAGGCGAUGAUGAUUUCCGGAACGUAUGGAUGGAGCUCAAAUACCUACGCGAGAGCCUUACUCAGGACUAUGACAUCGUUAUGACCCCAAUCGGGCAAAACCUCAUCGACGAGGAGCCCGCCACUAUUACCGUUGAUGAAUCUCAUCCUGAAACCCGCUUGGGCAUGACCAUAUAUAAUCAAACAGAUUUACCUCUUUAUCCGUACCUCUUCUACUUUGACCCCUCGGAUCUUUCGAUCAUUGAAUGGUUCACUCCCGCAUUUGGGGCUGGCGCCGGAACGCUCACAACCCGCACCGACGCCCCCCUCCCUCGCAAGUCCCAACUCUCUAUUGGGUACGGCGACGGCGGGGUCCCUCCAUGGGAAUUUAUGUUCAGAGAAGGUGAUACCAAAGACAUUGGGUUCUUCAAGCUGUUCUUGUCGACUUCUCCGUCCAACUUUUCCGUUCUUCUUCAAAAAUCGCCUUUUGAGGAGAAUGUCUCUCGGUAUGGAAAGCCCUCUGCUCCUCAGGCUCUCGAAGCGGAACGGUGGGGUACAAAAAUGGCGACGAUCAUACAGGUUGCAAGCAGUAACACUUGAGUUGUCAUUUCGUUCACUUUAGUCUCGGACUUGUGUGUUAUGACUUACUAAGAAAUACUGAGCAAGUCCUUCUUAGCU